CCCAUCGAUAAGUGACGUCAACAUUCUCUAUCUCUGCUAAUCAACGAGAAAGAUCUCAAAUUUUUCCUUGAAAAGGAGCUACUCCUUCCCCACUUUUUUAAUUAUUGUGCCAUCGUACCAUCGAGCUGCAAGAGGUUGAGAAACUACAGAUCAUGCUGGGACUUAUAACAUCCUUAAUAUGCCUCGUGUGUGUAGCAGCCUACAUAUUUUUAAAAAGACGCUACAACUACUGGAAGAACCUUGAAGUCGCCGGACCAGAACCAACAAUGGUUGUGGGUAACAUGAAAGACUUCAUCAGCCUCAAGUUCUCGGAGCCGGACAUGGUGCACGAGUGGUACAAGGAAUACAAGAACGAGCCCUACAUAGGGUAUUACAAUUUCUGGAAGCCGACAUUGCUUGUUAUCGAUCCAGAACUGAUCAAAGCGAUUACUGAAACCGAAUUCAAUUAUUUCAUAGACCACCCGGAAUUGAUUACUGAAACAGAACCCGAUGCUGUUAUGGAUUCCUUAUUCACCAUGAGUGGAGCACGAUGGAAAGCAAAACGGCAGAUAUUUACAAAAUUAUUCAGUCCGAAAAAAUUGAGGGAACUAUCGAACAUAUUGGAGGAACAACAGGAUUCUUUGUUGGGAGAGUUUGAAAAACUACUCAAAUCGACGGAUGAGGUUGAGCUGAUGAGGAUUAUGGAGCGACAUGUAUUAAAAAUACUCACUUCCUUUAUGUACAGUAUUGAUUCGUCUCAGAAUCAAGAAAGUCAUUCCAAGUUAUCGGAAUUAUCUGAAAUCUUCGCCCGUCCUCCUGGAUCUAGUGUACGACGAUUUCUUUUCUUCGUAGUUUUUCCAAGUCUCUAUCAUAAAUUGAAACUGUCAGCCUUUCCUCGUGUCUUUUGGAACUAUUUUAAUAAUUUCACCAAUGAACUCUUGCAAUCAAGAAAUGACCAGAAUGUAAAUCGUGAGGAUUUGGUCGCACUGAUUGGAAAAAUGCAAAAAGAAGGACUUCUGGAAACUGACAGAAUUGGACACAAUGAAGCUGUCGGCCAUGUGUUCGGUUUCUUAAUAGCAGGCCAUCAUACAACGAUGACAACUGUAAGCCACGCUAUUUAUCAGUUAAGUCUUCACCCCCAGAUCCAGGAGAAACUUCGAACAGAAGUUGACAGUGUCCUCAAAGGCAAAGAUAAUAUUACUUACGAUUCCAUAAAGCAGAUGACUUAUCUAGAUGGAGUUAUUAACGAAACUUUACGCCUAUUUCCGUUGCUGGGAGUUUUAAAGAGAACUUGUACUCAAACGUAUAAGAUUAAUGACAAGUUGACCAUACCCAAGGGCAUGGACAUCAGCAUACCUGCUUAUUCUAUUCAUACAGAUCCAGAAUAUUUCCCAGAGCCAGAAAAAUUCAUACCAGAAAGAUUCACCGAUGCAGAAACACCACCCUCUCUUUUUAUGUCAUUCGGUAAAGGGCCAAGAAUGUGUAUAGGAAAAAGGUUCGCAUACAUUUCGAUGAAGAGCAUAAUAGCGAAAAUAAUCUCAGAAUAUAUAAUUUUACCAGGUACUAAGACGAGAAAACCAUUGCAGUUCGACACUAGUACUUUUUUCAUAACCGUCCACCCUGUCGGCGGACUCCAUGUCAGGUUACAGAAGAGAAUAAAGUGAAUUGCAAAUGGUUGUUAGCAGUAAAACAUUGUUAUAAAAUGCUCCUGUAUAAGUCUGAAAAAAUAUCUAUACCAAAAAGUAAUUUUAAUAUAGAAGUUGUUAUUUUAAUGUAAUAAAAUUAUCAAAUAAUAAAUUGCGUGUGCUUUUCAUAUGUAUUUCCUCUGCAUCUGAAAUAAUAAGUUUUCAUAUUGUUAAU